CUGUCGUUUGUUGGACUGGUCCGGGAGAGUUGGUCGCCGAUCCACCGAGAUGUGGCGUAAGAAUACGUGGCGCAGACGACGAUGAGACGAGGCCAUGAGGCAACAGGCAGGAAUCUUGAAAUGGCCACCUUUCAUUGUGAUUGUGAAUACCUUAUGAAACUUAACACUUAUACUUAAGGUGCUUAUUAUCAUUGUAACCGCAUUAUUUUUGUUGUUCACUAGACCUUCUCGCCCUACAACACUUGUUGCUCCGGAAUAGGUGUACAUCUACUGAUUGCCAAACUUGUUGAUAACGUCAGUGUCUCUAAACGAAAGUCGUCAACAUGUCGACCCGGCUUGAUAACUUUAUGAAGUCCAAGAACGUCGUCCUCUUCUUUGGAGGUGUUGUUUCUAUGGCAGCGGCAUACACAAUCUGGGGAAACGAUGGUCAGGGUGUUUUCCCACCUCAGCCAGAUCCUACUGGUGAUCCAAAAACAUGGACAAAGGAAGAAUGCCAAUUGUGGUUGAACAAGAGAAAUCUACAUCCCGACCCAAAGGCCACCAAGGAAGAGCUUAUCGAAAGAGUGAUAGCAAAUAUGCGUAUCCCAAGGAAGUAGGAUACCACAACUUGAGAUCAUUGGACUGUUUAGUACUACAUCACUGUUUCUUGCGUUGCCUGAUACCACCUGCAGACUGCUCGUAGCUCAAUACGAAUAUUUUCUUACCUCG